AGGAACAAUGAGAAUGACAGUGUUGCAUUGUGCUUAGCUAAUGUGUCUGCCAUAGCUGAAUGGUUGGAAGUAUGUGGAAUAAGGAAGAGGUGGGUGAGGUUGACAGCAUUGAACAUGAAAAGGGUUGGGCAGUGUACAGAUUGGUGCCUACCUUCCAUACAUUAAAACAGUGACAAUAUUUCAAAAAUGUGGAAUUCGGGAUCAAGUAACCGGUUCCACUAAUUUCAGAAUCAUUAACUGCUUUGGAGUCAGAAACAAAACGCUGGCUUUUCCGGGAUUGAACUUGACCUGACAGGGAGCUGUAUUGCUGAUGCUACAUUCUUCAUAAUGAAGAUGCCAACAGGAAUACCUGCUUUAGUCGAACUACAGUCUAUUCUCGCAAAGGAUUGCUGAGAAUGCGAAAUGUGCCUUUUACAGUGGGAAAGAAAGAUCUGAAAAGAAGAUUUCUCUACAAUGCAUUUAAAAGAAACCUUUGUUUGAGUCUCAUGAUUUGAAACAUACAGCGAUUUAUGUCACCACAACAUCCGGUUCCUGUUCUUAACCACUGCCACACAUCGACUCACCACAGUCAUUGCCAUGAUGACAAAUACAUCUGAAGAUAUAAAUUCACAGUUGUCAACAACCCAAAAUUCAAUGGAAUUAUCUGCAAACUUGACACCGCAAACCUCAAAGUCCCCUGCUGACUCGAACCAUGUGUAUAUUCCUGUAUAUGUAUUUGUGCCACUGGCGAUUGUGACUUUAAUUGCCGUUGUUCUUUAUUUAAGAUUAAGGAAAAGAAAAAAGGACGUUGUCAUUGGGGGAGAGAAGAAGAUUCCGAAUGGUAUUUUAGAAGAACAAGCAGAGCAACAGACAGUGAUGUUACUCAACAGAUCUCCCACAGUUUCAAAGAGAUAUCCUCCCAUUCCAUUAGAAGCUCUGGAACAUGAAGUCCAGAAACGCUCAGCUGAUGAUGGCAAACUAUUUCGGGAGGAAUUCAAUUCUCUGCCAAUUGGAACGUUAGUAGGAUGCUGCGAAUCAGCAAAUAGAGAGGAGAACAAGGACAAAAAUCGUUAUCCCAACAUCCUGCCAGAUGACAAUUACAGAGUGACUUUGACGACUGUUGAUGGGAUACCUGGCUCAGAUUACAUUAAUGCUUCAUAUGUUGAUGGGUAUAAAGUGAAGAAUAAAUUCAUAGCAGCUCAAGGUCCCAAAGAAGAGACUGUUUCAGAUUUCUGGCGAAUGAUAUGGGAACAGAAAUCUGCUUCUAUUGUUAUGUUAACAAAUGUAAAAGAGAAGAAGGAAGAAAAAUGCUACAAGUACUGGCCUGACCAGGGUUUGUGGAACUAUGGAGCAAUCCGGGUAUCAGUGGAAGAUGUCACCGUUCUUGUGGAUUAUACCAUUCGCAAAUUCACUAUUCAGAAUCAAAGUGUGGGCAACAAAUCUCCAAGACUAAUAACACAGCUUCACUUUACGAGCUGGCCUGAUUUUGGUGUACCAUUUGCACCCAUUGGCAUGCUCAAAUUUCUGAAGAAGGUUAAAAUGGUGAACCCUUCCUAUUCAGGACCUAUUGUGGUUCAUUGCAGUGCUGGUGUAGGCAGAACUGGAACAUUCAUUGUUAUCGAUGCUAUGAUUGAUAUGAUGUAUGCAGAGCAGAAAGUGGAUGUUUUUGGUUUUGUGUCAAGAAUUCGUAGUCAGCGUUCACAGCUAGUUCAAACUGAUAUGCAGUACUCCUUCAUUUAUCAAGCGCUGCUUGAACAUUACUUAUAUGGUGACACGGAGCUGGAUGUGAGCUCUUUGGAGAAGCAUAUACAGAAGCUUCACAGUAAAGCAGGACAGUUUGAUGUCACUGGCUUGGAAGAAGAGUUUAAUAAAUUAACUACUGUCCGAAUAAGGAAGGAGAACAUGAGAACAGGAAAUAAGCCCAUAAACAUGAAAAAAGCCAGAGUCCUUCAGAUCAUUCCUUAUGAUUUCAACAGAGUUGUUCUGCCCAGGAAAAGAGGGCAAGAGUUCUCAGAUUAUAUCAAUGCUUCGUACAUAGAUGGUUACCGGCAGAAGGAUUAUUUUAUUGCUACUCAAGGUCCAAUCCCUCAUACAGUAGAGGAUUUUUGGAGAAUGGUUUGGGAUUGCAAAUCUCACACCAUUGUGAUGCUCACAGAACUUCGAGAAAGGGAGCAGGAAAAGUGUUCACAGUAUUGGCCAUCAGAGGGCACUGUAACAUAUGGAGCGUAUACAAUAGAACUGAAGAAUGACCAUAUUUCUGACGCUUUCAGUAUCAGAGACCUUACUGUCACAAACGCCACAGAAAACAAGGGCAGGAUAGUUCGACAGUUCCACUUUCAUGGCUGGCCUGAGAUUGGCAUUCCAGUGGAAGGGAAAGGAAUGAUAGACCUGAUUGCAGCCGUCCAGAGACAGCAACAACAGUCCGGCAAUCAUCCAAUCAUAGUGCAUUGCAGCGCCGGUGCUGGCAGGACAGGGACGUUUAUUGCAUUGAGUAAUAUUCUGGAGCGAGUGAAAGCUGAAGGUCUUCUAGAUGUUUUCCAAACUGUCAAGAGCCUCCGAAUGCAGCGGCCACACAUGGUGCAAACACUGGAGCAGUACGAUUUCUGUUACAAGGUGGUUCAAGAUUUUCUAGACAUACAUUCCGAUUACGCCAACUUCAAAUAAGUGUUUGCCUUACCGUUUUUUUUAUCUUUUCAAUUGUUAGCUGACAGGCCAGUAAAGCAUCUUUUGUACAUUAAAUUAUCAAGAAUUUAUUUUGUAUUUUGCUAUGCACUUGUUGUCUAGAAGAAUAUUCCUAAUAAGUUGAAAGUCUUUUUAUUGUCUUGUGACUGUGCUUUUGAGUAUUUGGGUUACAUUAAUUGGGGAGUCAUGCAUCUGUUACAAGUCAUUCAAUAUUUUUAACUGAAUGACUAAUUGGAGUACAUUUACCAUAUCUCUCUCACUCGUAAAAGAAGGUUAUUUAAAAAGAAAUAUUUUAUAUGUCAUUAUCAGUUGCAUUUUAUUUUGAAUCUUGAAUGUACAGAAGAUUGAAUCAAAUCAACUGAAGAAAAAUCUUUAUUUGCUUUGUGAAAAUGCCAACAAUGUUUGACCCCCUCAAAAGUGUUACAAAAUGUGAAUUUAUACUGUGCGUUGGAGUUUGCAUUAUUUUCAAAAGGUUGGGUGUAAACCAUAUAUAAUAGAUAUAUUUUUAUAUGAAGAGUUUACAGUGUUAUAAUGUUAGUUGUAUAUCGUGCAUUUUGACAUUGUUUUGGCUUAACUAAAAUGUUUGUUCUUACAUAUGCUUAAUGACAAUACACUGUUGUCCAGAAGUUACUCUUUUUUUUUAUCCAUUUAUUUUAAAUUUCUUGUGCUCCUCCACACCCAGAAAUAACCUAGGCCAGCAUUGCAUUAGGGUCUCACCACCUUCUCCCUGCAAUAGUGACCUCUACAUCCAUUUGCUGUCAGCAAGGCCAGACCAACAUUAACUAGCCAUAGUCUGGCAAAUGUAUAGCAAGACACCUGUUUAGCUUCCUGAUGUUAAAUCCAUCUGUGGCUGCUACUGAUCAUACUGCCACAUAUAGUAGGGGAAAUACAUAGAUCUAUUUCUAACUGUGGAGUACAGCCCAUGUUUAUUCCCUGGGGCCGGACUUUGGUGCAGAACAGUACCUGCAGAGCUCACAUGAUGUUCCUCAAUGAAGAACACAAGGAGCAGCCUGUGAUACUACCUGCAACAGAAGAAUUGGUGGUAAUUCUGCAUAGCUUAUGCAAAUCAAUCAAGUGACUAUUAUGUUUUAAAUAAAUAUGAAACACUUAAUACACACACACACACACACACACAUAUAUAUAUAUAUACAUACACACACACAUACAUACACGUAAAGGAGUAAGUAAUGCUCAUUUGAUUCAUAUUUUCACCUGUGGAAUGAGAAUUCUUCCAGUUAAAAACAAAUUGCAAAAAGGUGGUGAAUUUGAGCAUCUGAAAGAGAUAGUGAAUCUGUUUCUCAGAAGCUUUACUGCCUGAGCAAUUUCAUAUGUAAUUCAGUUUUGUUGAACAGACACAAUCAUUUUCAGUAUUAAGGAGUCAAGAAAUAAUCUGAUGUAGUUACAGUUGAUGAGAAAAGCCAAUUUAAAGAAUGAUAUGUGCAUUUGCCAAUUAUUUAGUAUCAAGUCAAGUUAUAGCUGACAUGGAUCAGACUGAUUUCCAUUUAGGUCCUGUACAAAAAUAUUCAAAAUCAAAUGAAGAUAAAAUAGAAACAAAGUGAAGAUAAAGCUGGAAUUAAAUUCUUCAUUUUGCACUGCUGGAAAUAUGGAGAAAGUGUUGACUUACAGAAAUAAAUACUGAACAAAACUGAGAGGCUGUAUUCACGAUGCAUAUUGUCACCAAAUUUCCUGUUUUCCUUGGCCGUGAAAUAUAAUAGACAAGAGUACAGUCCCAGGAUAAGGGGCUAAUAAUUUAUGACUGAGAUAACGAGAAAUUUCUUCACUCUGAGUUGUGUAUCUUUAGAAUUCUCUACCCAAGAGGUUUGCAGAUAUUCCAUCCAUGAAUAUACUUAAAGCUAAGAGUCCGAAUCUUUGGUGUCUCAUGAAUCCAGGCAUGUGGCAGUCAGAUGAAAAGUGGAGUUGAAGUUGUGGUUCCAUUAAAUAGAAGGACAAGCUUGAGUAACACUAUUCUUACUUCUAUCUUUUAUGCUCUUCUGUAAACAUUAUUACAAUGCCCCUUCUAUUUUCCUAAUUUUAUCUUUUUUUCAUCUUAGUGACUAUGUGAUAUCAUUAACCACGACUGACCUCAUUAACAAAUAUCAUUAAUUUAUGUGAUUGAAGAUGUCCAGCCAGGUGCUAUUUAACCUAUAAAGUGUUGGCAACAAGAAGUCCUAAUCGUUCAAGUCUGUAACUCACCAAUGCUCAUAACAUCCUAGUGAAUGCACAACUUCCCUUGUUUUUCUAUCCAUCCUGGGGUUUCCAAAGCUCUUUACAGUAUUUUGACAGCGGUGUGGUUACAAGUAGGAAUUCAACUUUCUCUCUUCUCAGGAGGGGGAGUUGUAGUGGGGCAGUGAAAAUAAAGGGGCUCCAGUUUCCUCUACAUUCAUGCUGAUUUCUGAUUUUAACACCACUGGUUUUGAUGGCAAAUGCUGUUCCUCCUGGAUACAGGAAGGAACCUGCUGCAUAAUUCCAAGCAGGAUACCCCAUGGCUUUUCAUGGCACACUGAUCUAGCCUAGUGCCAACAUGAGGUCUGCCUUUCAACGAACUGUGAUGAUCCAAUUUUCUAAAAACACUCCCACAAUAAUAUGAGGCACGCAGCCAAACAACCCACUCCAUCACAAUGUACUUGUACCAGAGAAGCUCACUGCCCUACCAUCAGUGUCAUCCAGGCCUAGAGAAUUUCACCUGCCUUAUGCCAAUCUCGCUACUGCUUUCCACUCUCCUUGGGGGAAACAACUGACCCUAGGGAGUUAAAAUACUCUCAAUGCACCCAAUAUUUACAGUAGUCAAUCUGGACUCUCAAAAUCCUCCUGAUGUAUAUUUCUUUACUCCUGUAUUCUGUGCCUAUAAAUGUAAAACUAAGGAUUACACUUGUCUUUUUUUUAAUGGCUUGACUUAAUUGCCCCAAAAUCAUUAAUGGCUUGUAUAUCUGCAACACGAGAUCUUUCUACUUUCAUACAUCAUUUAAAACCUUUACUAUUUGUGGUCUAUUUCCUCCUCUUAUCCUUCCUUGUAAAAUGUAUUACUGUGUGUUGUUUCUGUAUUCCAUCUGCCACCUAUCUGCCAGUUCUGCUAACACUUGUUCCCUAGUUACCUCCACAAGUUCAUCAUAAUUUGCUAUACAUAUUAUACAAAUUUCAAUCUUGCUCCUUCAAUUUGCCAUUAUUAUUUGUGUAUUCUAAAGACUCCAUUAUGAAGUCCUGCAGAACAUUACUUAGCACAGAUCAAAGGCUAAGAAUCCUGCAGCAAGUAACGCAUUUCCUGACUCCACAAAGCUUGUCCACUGUCUACAAAACACAAGUCAAGAAUGUGAUGGAAUACUCCCCACCUGCCUGGAAACCUGCAGCUCCAUCAACACUCGAGAAACUCAGCAGCAACCAGGAUAAAACAGCCCACUUGAUACCACAUUCAUAAACUUCUAUCAGUCAUAUGUACUAUCUUCAAGAUGCACUGCAUUCACCAACACUCCAUAGCACAUUCCAAAAUCAUGACCACUUCCAUCUAAAAAGACAAGGGCAGCGGAUAAAUGGGAACACCACACCUGCAAGUUCUCUCCAAGCCACUCACCAUCCUGAUUUGGAAAUAUGUCAUCAUUCCUUCAGUAUCAUUAGGUCAAAAUCUAGAAAUUCCCUCUCUAACAGUAUUGUGCAUCUACCUACAGUGCAUAGAAUUCUGUAUUUCGAGAAAGCAGCUCACCAUCAUGACCAACUAGGGAUAGGUAAUAAAUGCUGACCCAGCCAGCGACAUCCAUGUCCAAUGACUGAAUUUAAAGACAAAUAUUCUGUCAAAAAUUUGCCAUGAAGCUAGUGUAUAUAAUUUAUCAAAUACUUUUCAAAAUUCAAGUUAGCUGUAUUUAUUUGAAACAGUGCGGCAAGUUGAUUGAGCAUGACUUGCCUUUCUUAAAAUCUGUGCUACAAUCUAUAGUUUGGUGUCCCAGUAGUUUAUAUUUAAAUUAUCAAAGAUGAAUAAAAGUUAAACAAAUCUUUCACUAUAUUUGAUUUUUAAAUUUGUUUGUGGAUACUAGAAUUAUCUAGCUGGAUAUCUAAAUGUAAAUCUAUAAUAAAAUACCAUUUCAGAUUUUUGGACAAAUUGAAAGGCUGCCUUCAAGUUUGUAAUCUUUGCUGGGUUUAUUGUUUAAAUGGUUUCAGUUCAUCUUAUGUUUAACAGCACCACAGGAACAUAUCCUAACUCUUUAAAUAAAAGAGUGAAAUUAUAGAAACCAACUCACCCAUGCAUAAUUUUAAAUAAACUGGAGUGGUAGAAAUGGCUAUGGCCAAAUAUCACUUUUAUUCAUUACAUUAUGUUUGGCUUGUAAAUAAGAUUUAUAUCUGCAGGUGCUCCAUUGUUAUUGAUGCAUUUUCUUCAGUGGUUGCUUUAGUUUCAGUUGGUUCUUGAUUCUUUUCGGCCUACCUCAUCCCAUCAGCGUUCCCCAACUCUUAAUGAGGUUUUAUCUACAAAAGAAAAAUGGUUUUAUCCAUGAAUUUUUUGUUUCCUUUGCUGAAAGUAAGCAACUUAUCAUUUGUAAUCAAAAUGUAGUCCAUACAAUUAUUACUGUUCAUGUCUUUAUUAAGGUGACACAGUGACUUGUUUCUUUACUAGCUAAUCGAGGAGAGGGAUGUUAGUUCAUUUGGGAAGGGCUGUAGGGGGAUCUUGCAUUCUUUUGUUUUCAGGAAGCCAAGGUGGGAUGCCUUUUGUUUUGCUGCCCAGUUCCAGCUGUGAGACAGUAGAGGCAGCACAGUGUCUCUACAGCCCAAACCAGAAGACCCAUGGCUCAGCCCUAAAAUUGGGCUUCAUCUAAAUAAUGUGCUGAAUCACUGGAGCUUGACCUGUCCUCUCAGGCAGCUCAGGAUCUGGUACUUCAAAUUAGGGCAACCCUUGGGCAAGUGUCCUGGGUACGAUGUGGGGCGUAUGUGGGUGGAAGAACAGGAGAAGGAUCAAUCACAUACUGAUGGUAGCCCUCAAACAAGCACUUCUUGAAGGAACACUUCUGUUUGACAGGAACAUUUUUCAAAUUUGCCUUUUGUUGAUGAUUGCUGCUCAAGCAGCAGUAGCCAUUUAAAAGAAAAAUCCAGGGCUGGGCAGGCUCAGCCUCGUACUCAAAUCAGUGAAGCACAGUUAUGGUGAGGGAACCUAAUAUAGGCAUCAGGCCUUUCAUUUACAUAUUUAAACAACCUCACGCCUGUUUUAGGUAACUUGCAGGUAAUGCAGAAAAAUGGCCUUUCUGGGAUGUGUGGCCCUGGAGGGGAUAAGUCAGGAAACUUCAAGAUCUGGCAGAAUUUGCUGUCCUUCACCCAGAAUGAACAAUAUAGAUAUUCUUAAUUAUCCUGUUUGUAUGUGUUGUGACAUCCAGGAUGGGACUUGACCGCUCCUUCUGGCUCAAAGGCAGGGAGACUAUUAUUGUGUCACAGGAGCCCUAAAUGGGCAAUGUAUUCAGGUGAAAAUCAUAAAAUGCGUUUGAAGUGGGAUUCCUGUUUAAGGUUCAGCUAUCAAUUGCAUUCUCUCAUUUUGGUUGCUACAUUUUGAGUUUAUAUAAAUUUAUAUUGUCUUCAAUACAUUCUACAUUUAAAGAAAUCAUUAGCUUUCAAUUAAUUAAAUUCAAAUAAUUAAUUUUCAGUCUCUACCCACAAUUAUUAAGACAUGUGGUCUUUUGAAGUAUUACACCGAGGGGAUUCAAAAGCUACACCAACAAAUAGGACUGAAAAUAAUCUAUUUUUUAAAAUGUUUUCAGGAGGAUGGAGAAAUUAAUAUUUUGUAUUAGGUUCAUGAUUCAUAUUCAAUCGCAACCAAACAAAAUUCUUUCUUAUUGUGUUAUUAUAUGUAUAAAGUUGGUAUCUACGCAUUUAGAUUGUUUGCUCAGAUCACGAAGUAGUGAAAAUGUUCAGCUUCUGAUGCUUGCCUGUUCUAUUGACAAGUAUGAAGCAUCAACAUCAUUCAUACACAGCUUUAACUUUGUCUUGUCUUUUCAACUGAAUUUCCCAAUUGAAGAAAUACCUAGGCUACUGUUUAAUAUUCUGUUUUUACUUGUCUGAGAAUGUCUUGGUGCAUUUUAUAACAUGUACUUUCACUAUGCCACAGUUGCCGAGGGAAGCAUGCAUGAAUUAUUAGCAUGAAUCUGAUUUAACAAUGAAAAGUAAAUAUGUUGCCAUAUUUUUAAUAAAUUGCGGGUACUUUUACACCCAACCUUUAAGAGAAGCUACAGGCAAACAAGCUUGCAAAUCUGAGAGCACACUAUAGUAUAUGUAUACUGCCAUUUAAUAUUGUUAGUCAACCCAGUGAACAGCUUAUCUUUCUGUGCAAUAUAAAUUGAAUGAUUUGUAUGUAGAACCUACACAGAUAAAUCGGUAAUAUUAACAAAUCCAGAUUUACUAUGGAAUGUUUUAUUGUGCUCAGUGUUUAUGCAGUGCUCAUGUAUUUUUAAUUGUUUUAUAUCUUUUUUCAGAUGAGAUUUCUUUGUUUUAUAUUACAGAACUUAUUAAAGGCCAAAUAGUAAUGAGAAGAAACUUCUGAUAAAUAAAUAAAAUUUGGGAAUGGUUUUCGCAGCAGUUUUUUAAAAAGUGGUAACAUUUUUCCAGAUGCAAAUAAUUCACUGCAGAAGCUCUGGUCUCUCUCUGUCGUGCUUGGGCCUCAGCCAUUUCAAAUACUUUCACAAAAUCAAUAAACUUUGAGGUUUGCUUUGAGUAAUUCUGGAAUAUUGUCCGUGUAUAGUAACACACCAUCAUUAGCUCAAAGUGGAAUAGAUUUUUGGAACAAUUAUCAGGUUUAUCAGUGUUGAAUUUUAAAUCUGAUGUCCAGUUUGGAGUAUUAUAUUGGCAUGGAGUAUUAUUAUUUGCAUUUUCUAUUCUUGACUGGCACCUGUUAUCUGCCUGCCAAAAUGCCUUACUGUAAGAGUUGCCAUUUAUAUUAAAUGGGCAACUCCACUCUGGGUAAUUGUUCUCGGCUGGAUUGUUUGAAUCUGCACACAGUAUCUGGCCAGAUGUCUGGGUUACUUUCAAAAGAUGUUUAUUAACCAACUGCCCAUGAUGGCUAUACUACAUGGCAGUAUGUCCUGUGCUGUACAGGUUCCAACCUUGGAGUAGAGUACAAGCACAUGAGGAAAUAGUUGCAUCACAGCUUACCUCAAACGCUCAUCUACAUAUUUAUUCAACCCUAUCUCUACUGGUAAUUAGCCUAAAAUCGAUUAAGGUCCUUUGGAAUAACAGCGCCCAUUAAUUUGAUUUGGGAUAUACUACAGGAUAUUAGAUUAUGACACUUUUUAACUCAUGUAAUUAUUGUAGCAGAUGCUUUUAUUGCAAAUUUUUCACCUUUUUUUGUGUAUUGCUUUGGAAAUUCCAACGCAGGGGAAACUAAACAAAAAAUUUUUGUGUCUUUCCACAGUUAUAGAUAUCAAAUUACAUUUAUAAAUAUUUGUACUGAUCAGAUCAAGUGUCAAGAAAGGGGACAGUAUUGGGAGAUAAAUUACAGAAUUCUUUUCAUUUGGCCUUUCAUAAGUCCAGAUUGUGGUUUUGUUUAAAUAAAAACUGAGAUUCUGUGUAUUUGUUUGAAAAUACAUAUUGAUCCUGAGAUCUUUCCCAUUGCACUAAUUUACUGACUAUUGUGCUUCAAAAACACAUAAAAUAUAUAAAGAACAGUUUGGUUUUCAAUAAAUGAAAUCUGUCUGAAGUUAGAACAUAUGAAUGCAAAAACAGAUCUUGUAGCUUUGAUUUGUUGAAGUAUUGUUAAGGGAUAGUAUAUUUUUGGUGGUAUAACAACAAUAACCAUUGUUAAUAGUAUUCAGAAUAUAGGUACUAUUUUAGAAUAGUAUUCUGGUUGUUUCUGCUCAGAAAACAAGAUAUCUGAAAGUCAUUGUUAUGUUUAAAGUAUUUAUUUCAUGUAUCAUAAAGAUAAUUCAAAAUAUAUUUGAACGGGGGAAGAAGAUUAAUUGUAGUUUAUCAGAUUUCAAUAUAUUAGCUCCAAGAUUAUGCCAUCCCUAAAAUGAUAUAGAGUACUGUUUAAUAUGUUUUGUUGAAAUAUAAUUAUCUAUUAAUGGAUCAUUAUGGUAUUACAAAAUUCUGUUAAGUUGAAAUGUAUGCAUUUUUAUCAGCUAGCGAGCUUAUGUUUUGUUCAUGGUGGUCAACUUGCCAUCAUAAUGUUAUUUAUCCAGUUUUGCUAAAUAAUAUUUUUGCAAUUUGAAACCAUUAAUAAAUGUCAAACAGUAAUCUUAAAUUAUA